CCGCGUUACAUCGUGCAGCAAUGAGCGGAGAUACGGAGGGAAUUAGGGCGCUGCUGGACAGAGGACUGGACACGAGGGCGAGGGAUAUGGAUGGAGAGACGCCCCUCCACAUGGCUCUGUCGUGUGGGAAGGAGGCCGCGGCGGAGCUGCUGGUGGAUGCGGACUGCAUCACGGAUGUCGCGGAUAAUUACAGGAGCACCCCUCUGCAUCGCGCUGCCGAGAGUGGGUUUGUGAAUGUCGUCCGUAUGUUGCUCGCGGGAGGGGCGGACGCAAGUGCGAAAGACAAAGAGGGAUGGACGCCCCUCCAUCGCGCCGUGUGCUCGGAGAAGGAGGCCGCGGCGGAGGUACUGCUGGAGGCCGCCCCCGGAUGUGACGAGCCGGACCGUCUUGGAUGCACCCCCCUGCACUCUGCUGCUAUAAUAGGUCUCGCGCGGAUAGCUGGAGCCUUGGUGUCGAGGGGUGCACGUCUGCAAGCUGAAGAUGGAUGUGGACGCUGUCCCCUGUACUGGGCCCUGUGGUAUGGGCAAGACGAUGUGGCGAGGAUGCUCCUGGCGACGUACAUCUGGAGGUUCAUCGAGAUACAUUGGGAGAAGAUGGGGCUCUCGAAGGAUGACGAGGAGCGCGGCGUCCGUCUGCUCUCCGAGUAUGAGGCCGAGAUGAGGGAGGCCCGGGUGGAGGGGUCCCGCCUCUCCCUCCGCGACCUCGCCCGCCGACACCCCUCCCGCCUGGCCCGGCGCCUCUCCGACGGGGCGAUCCGGCGGCUCUCGGACCGGGACCUCCUGACGCGGGACUUCCCGCUCUUCGGCGACCUCCUCCUCGUCCGGCUGGAGGAGGUCCGGGAGCGGAGGGUCCUGGAGGACCGCUUCCUGCUCUGCUUCCCCCUCCUCUGCCCGCCCCUGCCCCCCACGUGCACCGACGUCCUCCUCGCGUGCCUGGCGGACGACGAUCUGAGGUACUUCGCCCGGGCCGCGGAGCUCUAG